AUGGGCUUCCGGAAGUUUCCCCCCUUCCUGCUCCUCAGCAUCCUGGUCCUGUACCAGGCAGGCAUGCUCCAAGCAGCACCACUCAGGUUGCCCUUUGGUAGUCGCUCUGAUCCUGCUACGCUCGAUGAGGAGGAAUCACGCCUCCUACUGGCUGCAAUGGUGAAUGAUUAUGAGCAGAUGAGGGCCCGUCGGCUGGAGAAGGAGCAGAAGACAGAGGGCUCCAGCAUCACUGCCCAGAAGAGAGCCUGCAACACUGCAACCUGCAUGACCCAUCGGCUGGCAGGCUUGCUGAGCAGAUCUGGGAGCAUGGUGAAGAGCAACUUGUUGCCGACCAAGAUGGGCUUCAGAAUCUUCGGUGGGCGCCGCAGGAACUUUUGGAUCUGA